AUGGAUUACUCAUCGAUUCAGACACCGGCAGCUUGCUAUGCGGAUUUCUGUCUAAUCCCAGUCGGAACUGGGAGUGUUUCCGUUGCGAAAGAGGUCGCCGAGGUGCAGAAGCUCCUCAAGGCCAGUGGAUUAACAUAUACCAUGCACUCUGCAGGUACAACUGUAGAAGGAAGCUGGGACGAAGUUUUCAAGGUCAUCGGUCAGGCUCAUGCACUCGUACACCAGACCGGCUGUGUACGGGUUCAAAGCUCCAUGCGUGUCGGUACUAGGACCGACAAGAAGCAGACGGCAGCGGACAAGGUCAAGAGAGUAGAAGGCUUACUGGCAGGCAAUGAGUAA